AUGUCCGGUAUUAAGGGUCCUACCCCGCAAGAGCACGACGGCAGGGCUUUGCGCAUCGGCAUCGUCCACGCCCGCUGGAACGCGACCAUCAUUGAGCCACUCGUCAAGGGCGCCAAAGAGAAGCUUCUUGGCUGUGGCGUCAAGGAGUCCAACAUUGUUGUUCAGUCUGUUCCGGGAUCGUGGGAGCUUCCCUUUGCUGUGCAGAGACUCUUCUCUGCCUCCCAAGUCCAAUCCGCCCAAGCCGGUUCCGGCAGCUCCGCCGGCGACCUUCUUGGCUCCUCGACCACGGACCUGACGUCCCUCCCUACCGAGUCCUCAGGCGGCCCCUUCGAUGCCAUUAUUGCCGUCGGCGUGCUCAUCAAGGGCGAGACCAUGCACUUUGAGUAUAUCGCCGACGCCGUUUCCCACGGCCUGAUGCGCGUCCAGUUGGACACCGGAGUCCCUGUCAUUUUCGGCGUUCUCACUGUCCUUAACGAUGAGCAGGCCCAGGCCCGCGCAGGGAUCACCUCCGGAGGUCACAACCACGGCGAGGAUUGGGGCUUGGCUGCUGUUGAGCUCGGCGUCAAGCGCAAGGCUUGGGCUGUUGGUAAGAUUGAGUAA